AUGCCCAUAUUUAGAGAAUGCGGGGCACCAAGUGUGCAGCAGCCAAAACCGCAGGUGCAGCAGCCAAAACCGCAGGUGCAGCAGCCAAAACCGCAGGUGCAGCAGCCAAAACCGCAGGUGCAGCAGCCAACCCCUCGAGAGCCACGCGCGCCCCGUAGACAGCCCAGGCAGCAGGAGCUCGAGGGUGCCAUGGUGACAGCUACUGCCGAAUACGUUCGGCAGGGCCAGUUGGCGGAAGCAAGAGCUCAAGAGGAGGCCCGCUUCCGCCAACAAAUGCUGGAGAAAAACCGGCAGGUGGCGGGUAUGCGGGAAGUGCAGCAGCACUUCGAAGUGGCGCGUCGGUCGCACGAGACCAACAGGCGCCUGCUUGAGCUGCUGCUGGCUGCACUGGGGCAUGGUGGCGGCCAAGCCCCUCCCACCUCUCAGGCCCCACAUAACUAA